UCUCCUGUCUGAUUGCUUUGAAGAAAGAAGAGUAUACGGAAAAGUAGAAUAAGUCAUGUCGGAGAUACUUGACCUCUCUUUUCUAUCUGAUAUGGAAAGAGAUUUGAUCCUCAAUGUUCUACAGCGAGAUGAGGAGCUGCGGAAAGCAGAUGAGAAAAGGAUUAGACGACUGAAGAAUGAGUUGUUGGAGAUUAAAAGGAAAGGGGCCAAGAGGGGCAGCCAACACUACAGUGAUCGGACCUGUGCCCGGUGUCAGGAGAGCCUUGGCCGUUUGACUCCCAAGACCAACACUUGUCAGGGUUGUAAUCACCUGGUGUGUCGGGACUGUUGUGUCCAGGAAAGCAAUGGUACCUGGAGGUGCAAAGUAUGUGCCAAGGAAAUAGAGCUGAAGAAGGCAACUGGAGACUGGUUUUAUGACCAGAAAGUGAAUCGCUUUGAAUACCAUUCAGGCAGUGAGAUAAUCAGGAUGUCCCUACGCCGCAAACCUGCAGUUAAUAAAAGAGAAACUGUGGGACAGUCCAUACUUCAUCAGUCACAGAUUGGUGACAUCUGGCCAGGAAGAAAGAUUGUUCAGGAGCAACAGAAAGAGUACAGUGUGCCAUUUGAAGUGCCAAAGCUAAAAAGUGGAAAGAACGUGCUAGAGGCUGAGAGUGAGAGCUUGGAUAGCUAUACAGCUGACUACGAUAGCACCUCCAGAAGAGAUUCGCUGGAUAAAUCUGGCCUCUUUCCAGAAUGGAAGAAAAUGUCUGCCCCCAAAUCUCAAGUAGAAAAGGAAACUCAGCCUGGGGGUCAAAAUGUGGUAUCUGUGGAUGAGGGUGAAAUGAUAUUUAAGAAGAACACCAGAAAAAUACUGAGGCCUUCAGAGUACACUAAAUCUGUAAUAGAUCUUCGCCCAGAAGAUGUGGGACAUGCAAGUGGCUCCUUGGGAGACAGAAGUAAAUCUGUCCCAGGCCUCAGUGUGGAUAUGGAAGAGGAAGAAGAAGAGGAAGAAGACAUUGACCACCUAGUGAAGUUACAUCGUCAGAAGCUAGCCCGAAGCAGCAUGCAAAGUGGCUCUUCCAUGAGUACAAUCGGCAGCAUGAUGAGCAUCUAUAGUGAAGCUGGUGAUUUUGGAAACAUCUUUGUAACGGGCAAGAUUGCCUUUUCCCUGAAGUAUGAGCAGCAAACACAGACUCUGCUCAUCCACGUGAAGGAGUGUUACCAGCUGGCCUAUGCUGAUGAAGCCAAGAAGCACUCUAACCCAUAUGUAAAGACUUAUCUUCUGCCUGACAAAUCCCGCCAAGGAAAAAGAAAAACCAGCAUCAAGCGAGACACUAUCAAUCCACUGUAUGAUGAGAUCCUCAGGUAUGAGAUCCCAGAAUCUCUCCUGGCCCAGAGGACCUUGCAGUUCUCAGUUUGGCAUCAUGGUCGCUUUGGGAGAAACACUUUCCUUGGAGAAGCAGAGAUCCAGAUGGAUUCCUGGAAGCUUGAUAAGAAACUGGAUCAUUGUGUUCCUUUACAUGGAAAGAUCGGUGCUGAGGCCCUGACUGGGUUGCCAUCACACAAAGGCGAGUUGGUGGUUUCAUUGAAAUACAUCCCAGCCUCUAAGCUCCCUGUUGGAGGUGACCGGAAAAAAAGUAAAGGUGGGGAAGGAGGAGAGCUCCAAGUAUGGAUCAAAGAAGCCAAGAACCUGACUGCUGCCAAAUCAGGAGGGACUUCAGACAGCUUUGUCAAGGGAUACCUCCUUCCCAUGAGGAACAAGGCCAGUAAGCGUAAAACUCCUGUGAUGAAGAAGACUCUAAAUCCCCACUACAACCAUACGUUUGUCUACAACGGUGUACGGCUGGAAGAUCUGCAACACAUAUGCCUGGAACUGACUGUGUGGGACCGGGAGCCCCUGUCCAGCAAUGACUUCCUGGGAGGGGUCAGGCUGGGUGUUGGCACUGGGAUCAGUAAUGGGGAAAUGGUGGACUGGAUGGACUCGACUGGGGAAGAAGUGAGCCUAUGGCAGAAAAUGCGACAGUACCCAGGGUCUUGGGCAGAAGGGACUCUACAACUCCGUUCCUCGAUGGCCAAGCAGAAGCUGGGCUUAUGA